GCACUGUCACUUCCUUUGAGAGGCAAAGAAAUAGAGAGACACUGAGCGAGUGGAAGAAAGAAGGAAGCCAUUUUGGGUCCUGGGUGACAUAUCGGCCUGGACGUCGCUCUCUUCCGUCUGGGUUCUUCUUGUCUUGGAGGAGCACUGAGUUGAGGAGCGGAAGGAGAGGUGAAGCAACAAGGCCCGUCGGAGAGAGUCGGGCGGCGACAAGCCACUGAGGGUUAAAAACCGCCUCCAGCUGGUCGUCGGUCUUUCAGAUGUUGGUCGGCUCUCGGUAGUGAAGCAAGAUGAGUUCAGACCAAGUGCCGACCAGGUUGGAGGUGAUGGGGUGGAACUCCCAGCAGCUGGCCGGCUACCUGAGGAUGAUGAAUCUGUCCGGCUGCGAUAAAGUCGUCCUGAAGAACUCCAUCAGUGGAUCCAGAUUUGUGAAUCUCACUGAUAAUGACCUUCAGAAGUUCCCCAAACUGCAUGUGCCGAUGAUCACCAAGAUCAGCCGCGAAAUCAGUAAGAAGGAGAAGAAACGAGGCUGGUCUGAAAUAGUGCUGCCGACCAAACAUCAUGAACCAGCAGAUGUCGGUGGCUGGGGCGAAGACGAGUUUGACGACUGCGACAAUGACUACGAGAGUCCAUGCAGCGGAGACGAGGAGGGCAGCGGCGGAGAUUACGAGUCCCCGAACGACGACGUGGACCCGGCCAACGACUACGAGCCUCCUCCCUCUGAACCUCAAGAGGACCUGGCUGCCUCGCUGUGCUCCCCGCUGCCCAUCGGGGAUGGCGACUACAUCGAUAACCGGGAGAGAGGCCUGCCUCCUGCCCCGUGUCCCCGCCCCUCUCCCUCCACCUUGUCGCCCCGCAUGCCUGGAGAGUCGGCUUCCAGGAGAGACCACUCCCCUAUUGUACGAACAGCAGGAAAUUUUCCUCCUGGGGUGCCGCCGCCAGUCAUCCGCACAGACAAACCAAGCAACAACAAAUCAGGCAACAAGCCAGUCAACAAGCCAGGCAGAGAUUCAGGAUCCAACCCGUCCCCUAUCAGAGGACCGCAUCGCAACACAUUGGUAGCACCGCCGGACUCACAAUCCCGGAGGCCUCAUUCUGAUGCCACAGAUGCUCCCAGCUGGCACAAACCUCUUGUUCCGUCUGGAAAACCCAUCGGCAGGAGUGCCUCCUCCGCCAGGCCUUCGCCCAACAGGUUUGAUGGAAGGCGGGAGCAAACACCCGAUGAAGGUUCUAGACACAACACCUCCGCCUUCAGCAGUAAAAGCCUUCCCCCCCGCCCUGGACCUCCCCACUCACGUCCAGAAGACAGAAGCUCUCUGCCACACAAACUGCCCUCCGGGGACAGACCGUCAUUUCGUCCACCUCUACCCACAGCAGCAAAGGAGCUGGACCCUCGCUGGUAUGUGGGUAAAGUGACCCGGGGUCAGGCUGAAGGAUGUCUGAAACGAGUCCGCAAGGACGGGGCGUACCUGGUGAGGGACAGCACCAAGCAGCAGGCCAACCAGCCCUUCACCCUGAUGGUCUUCUACCAGGACAAAGUCUACAACAUCCAGAUCAGGCAGCAGAACCAGCAGUUCCAGCUGGGAACUGGACUCAAAGUCCAGGAGUCUUUCCCUUCAGUUGGCGACAUCGUCAACCAUUACUCCCAGUCUCCUUUGCUUCUCAUCGAUGCCAAAAACCGGAGCUCUGGCCAGCAGAACCAGUGUCAGCUCUGCGACCCGGCCGGAUACCACAUGACGGGACAGAACUGGUCCUAACUGGAUCACUGAACUAAAUCAGACGGAAACCCAAAAGGUGGACUUUCGGUGAAUGUUCGCCGUAACAGCCGAGUUAAUCGUCUUCCCGCUAACAGGAAGGUAUUUUUCUGUGGCGGUGAACAUCAGAUUUUUUUUUUUGCACGUUGCUUCAUUUACUUGUUUCUGAUUGUUUGAGUGUAAAGGGACAUUUUUCCGCUGUUUUGGAGCUUUUAAAUGUAAUUUUUGCCAAAAACUCAUGAAGAAUUCUGUAUAUCAACAAUAUGUAACACAUUCAAACUAUGCAAAAACUGUUAAUGUCCUCAGCUGAGCUACGUUAAAACCUCUGUUUCAUGAUUGUACUCACCUUCCAAACCUUUACUCUUAAUUCACUGUAAAUGUGUCUGGUUUAAGCAGUUUGUCGCAACAAUUAAAACAUUGUGAAACUUC